CAGAGCUGCAAACAAGAGGAAGGGUUCUCCGGUAGUUCAUAAACCAUUUUUCUGUCGUCAAACGGAUCAAGCUUUUUGUGAGACUUGGAUCGGUCACAAAAAGCGGGAUUCGCUUUUCGCAUAGGAAUUGGCGAGCCGCAGAAAGCCACGAAACUCGCUUUGUACGUUGGAUAUUUGUUGUAAUAUGGAAGAUAUGCGCCAUCCACAACAAGUUGGACCAAAUAUCAUGAGUGGGAUCGGGGUUCAGACCAUUCAUCCAAAUAGCGUGCAUCGUCACGGCAGGACCCGUGUUACGAUGCAUGCUCUUAUGUCUGAGGCAUUACCAUUGGAUGAAGCUGCACGUUUAGAAAUGAAGGCAAUGCCCGCUAAAACUCCAGUAUCUGUCCUGCAAGAGCUACUCUCACGCAGAGGCACCACCCCUAACUAUGAAUUAGUUCAAAUUGAGGGUGCCAUACAUGAACCUACUUUUCGUUAUCGGGUUACAGUCGCUGAUGUCGUUGAUCCAAUCGUUUCAGCAAUGGGGACCGGCAGGUCGAAGAAAGAGGCGAAACAUGCUGCAGCUAAAGCAGUCUUGGACAAACUCAUUGGAGUCAACACUGAAGCCACAGACAUGCCAUUACCCAACAGCAUCACCGAUGGUCAAAACCUUCAAGAAUUACAAGGCUUUGGAGAGGACAAGGUUGUUGGAAACCCUAUUGGGUCAUUACAAGAAAUGUGUAUGUCUUGUCACUGGCCACCACCAAAAUAUACAAUGGAGGGUGAGGAAGGAUUACCUCACGAACGUCAGUUUACUAUCGUUUGCUCUAUUUUGAAGUAUCGACAAGUUGGAGUUGGAAAAAGCAAGAAACUUGCUAAAAGACAGGCUGCUGACAAGAUGUGGCGGACCCUCCAAGAUACACCAAUUGAGAAUAAUCAAACGUCAGGGAUUGACGAUGAUGAGAUUGUACAAAGAAACGCAAAUAUGAGCGCUCGUUACGCCGAUUUGAAAGAUAGCAAAAUAUCUACACUGACCACACCUCACAGUCUCAAGGUUUCCCAAUUUCACAAGAACCUCAAGUCUUCCACUGGUGUUAAGCUCUGUCAGUUACAGAAUACUUGCUUGAACGAUGGAGAUAUUAAUCUGGUGCAGUUCUUGCAAGAAAUCGCCUCAGAGCAGGUAUUCGAAGUGACCUACGUUGAUAUUGAAGAAAAGUCCAUCAGUGGUGAGUUUAUUUUCAAUCCAAUAUACGUAACGUACAUAAUUACAGCUCGCGUAUUUCUAAUAUCCAGUAAUUAUCGAAUCGAGAAUAACGUCUUGUUCAGUAGUGGGUAUAUCUUUUUUAAUCUGUUCCCCAAAUGCUACUGCUACCAAGUAUGGCUUCUGUACUUGCUUUUCGAAACAAGAGUGUAGAAAUUUAUCGUAAUACCCCAUACCAUGUCCAAGGCGUUUACCUGUAAGGAAAUUACG